GGCCGCUCUGCAGGGGCGGCGCUCAGGCCUCCCGCUGCGGCGGCUUCUGCUGUGGGCCCAGGACCCAGGGCGAGUGGGCCUCGGCGGUUUUGACGACGGGCGCGGCGGUCCCGGAGCGCAGGCUCGGGAGCUGUGGCCGCGGGCUCCGGCGCCUCGCGGCCCGCGGCAUCUUCCCGGAUCAGGGGUUAAACGCCUGUCUGCUGCGCUGGCAGGAGUGGCAGCGGCUUCUCCACCACUGA